AUUAUGUUAUAUUUUCCUUAUAUAAAAACAAUUUGGUGAUGGACUUUUUGAAUAAGAAAUCUGUUGAUAUCUACCAUUCCAUCCCAGAUUAAUUCCCUUUCUUCUUUUUUGUUUCACUCCAACUGGGCCACCACAGAAUACCCGCUUUGGUUAUUUUUUAAUUCAAGAUUGUUAUGUUUUCUUGUUUUCAUAAAUAAAAUGGUUAAACAUGCAGAAGCCGAACAGAGUUUUCUAAAAUAUUUAACUGACCUUGAACAUGAUUACAAAUGCGCCGUGGGAUUAAUUCUUGGACAGAUUAACAACGGCAAAUACUACGUUAUUCAUCUGGCCAAAACUCCGCAUUUUCAAAGCCAGGAGGAUAAAAAGACGGGCAAACCGUUGAAAGCAUUGAGGAAUAUCGCAGAAGUUGACGAAACAUGGAUUGCAGACCACGCUCAUCAAGCAAUGAAAAUGUUGCCAGGGGGCAUAAGUAUUUUGGGUGUGUUUGCGGUCUGCGACGAAGAAUUGCUAAGCCCUUUGAACGCCAAAGUGAAAUCGAUUUUAUCAACCAUCGACAAGCAAUUAUCCAGGAAGUAUUUUGUAGUUAUUAACAACCAUGAAAAGCUCAUUCUGCACUAUUCUCCCAAAAUGCAAAAGUAUACAGCCAUCUACGACGUUUCCACGCUUGGCGUGCAACCGGUAGAUUUUAAGUUUACGCAGAAAGCAGCAAGAUGGGUCGAUUUAGAAUGUAGCUAUCAAAUUGAUAAAAUUCAUUACUUAAAACAAGAUGAACCCGCUCACCCUUUGGGACAACAUAUCAAGGUUAUUCUGGAUAAAAUACAUCAGAAUUUGGAAUCGAGUAUUAUCUUAUUUGACAACGACCUCAAAAACAAAGAAGACACGCUGGAAAACAUCGGAGCGCAGAAAAAAGUAUCCAAGAGUUCGCAGAAUAAAAUUCCCGAAAACAAACCUAUUCAACUAACCAUUUUCGAGCAAUGCGUGACCGAUAGGGAAGAGGGCGUGGUAGAAGUGAUCCACACCGGUGGUCACAUAAGAGUGGUGGGGGAAGUAACUUGCCGACUGUGCCUUAACGCGAAAGCGUCGAUCGAAGACGCGUCCAAGGCCGUCGUCGAGGACGUAAUGCGAAGUUUGGCAACGCGGCUAGAAAUGCAUUACGAUUCCCUCACGGAGGAGGAGCUCUCCGAAGACGUCAACAGCGUCCACGAACCGCCGAGGAGGGUUCUGAUCCAUUUGCCCGACGACAGUAUGACAGUGUCGGACUAUUUAUUCCCCGGAGAAGGUCCAGAGGAUGUCAGAGCGGCCUUAGAGGAACUGCUCGACGUCAAAGCGGAUAAUUUGGAAAUUAUGGAUAUCGAGGGGCAAGCGGACAUCAGCCAAUAUUAUUCUGGGGUCGUCGACGUGAAAGCCGAAGAAUUUUUACCAAAAAUAUCUGGCGAUACCAACAGGCUUGUUUACCUUUUGGGAAUCGUGAUUGCCGCCGCUGUCUUAAUCAUUUCAUUAUUAAUCCGCCUGUACUACUAGGAUUCUGGUAGGAGACUUUUAUUUUUCUUAAUAAAACUGUCAG